AUGCUGGUGCUGGGCGCAGGAAAGGGACAGCGCAACACUGGCCCCUCAGCUCUCACAACGCCACUGGGCAAUGCCAAAGCUGCAGCUGCUGGCACAGUCAUGGAGGCCCAAGAGCUGGGUGAGCAAGUCCGUUGGCUGGACGACGCCCUCUACUCCUUGGACGGGCUGCGCAUCCGUGAUGCAAGCGUCCAGAGCGCCUCCCUGCUGUCCUUGCUGGAGCUGUCUGCGCGUCCCGCAACACUGGCAGUGAUGAAGCAGCAUGGGCUGCUGCCCCUGAUCCUUGAGACAGCAGGCACCUGGCAGUUCACCGCAUCCCCGACCCUGAAGAUUUGCGCUGCGCUCUUCUGGGCACACUACUGCGCUGCAGACCUGGGACCCAGCGGUGAGCCAGGCGCCCUUGUGAGCCUGGAGCGCCUGGCCUCCGCGCCACACUCCUCCGCAAGCCGCCUACCGAGCAGCCUGCGCCGAGAUGCGCCGGCCCUGCUCCUGCAGGCCCUGACAGAACGUGUGGAGGACCAGAAUGAUGCUGCUGCAGCGCUGGCGUGGAAGGAGGGGCUCAGGUGCCAGGGCGGGUUUGGCAUCGUUGCGCAGACCAUGCUGCUGUGCGUGGGGGCGCUGACGGACACCUCGCCCAGCGAAGACACGGUGCGCUGCCUCUGGACACUCCACAGGAGCCUGGUCCUCUUUGAGGCUGCAACAUUUGCCUGCCCGGAAAACGCGGGGGAGGCCUGCGCCAUGCAGGUCACCAGCCGCUGCACCCUGCUUGCCUGGCUGGUGCAGAUGGUGGCAACUUUGGCGUCCCAAGGAUUGCGCCUGGGACUGAAGAAGGAUGGUGGCCUGGAUGAAGGUGCCAAGGACUUGAUUGUGAUGUACGCCUCCAUCCUGCUCGGUUUUGUGGUGAUGGAUGACAGCUCCCUGCGCCAGCACGCCGAGGAGAUCCUCAGCGACCCAGGGUUGCGGCGCCCCAUCCAGUCCAUCCGGCUGGCCCUGCGCUUCUACUCUGGCACCGGAGCCCUCAUGCAGGAGAAUGAACAGAACCUGACCGCCCUCCUGCAGUCAUUGGAGGCUGAGCCUUGA